AUGGCAGAGAGCAGCAACGCAAACACCAAAUUUGUGCAACUUGCGAUUCCAAAAUUCGAUGGGUACUAUGAGCAUUGGGCCAAGCUCAUGGAGAACUUCUUGCGAGCCAAGGAGUAUUGGAAUUUAAUCGAGGUGGGUAUCGAAGCCGUUCCAGAAGGAACAGAAGGAGAUGGCGAGAAGAUGAGGGCAAUGGAAGAACAGCUCCUAAAGGACAAGAAGAUCAAGAACUAUCUCUAUCAAGCUAUCGAUAGAGAAAUUAUGGAAAUAAUUCUGAAUGACGAUACGUUAAAACCGAUUUGGGAUUCCAUGAAGCAGAAAUUCAAAGGAUCAACAAGAGUGAAACGUGCUCAAUUGCAAGCCUUGCGCACUGAAUAUGAGACUAUCAAGAUGAAAGAAGGCGAAUCGAUCAAUGCUUAUUUUGGAAGAAUUCUAUCCGUUGUAAAACGGAUGAAAGCAUGUGGAGAGUCCAUCCAGAAAAGAGAGAUAGCAGGCAAGAUAAUGAGGUCACUCACCUCAAGGUUCAACUAUGUCGUAUGCUCAAUUGAGGAAUCAAACAAUAUCGACACACUCACAAUUGAUGAGCUUCAAAGUAGUAUGCUCAUUCAUGAGCAAAGGAUGAAAAUUUAUGUGGAGGAAGAACACGCACUCAAGGUCUCACAUGAUGAGAGAGAGAAGUGUUUCAAGGAGGAAGGAGUCGAGGACGAGAGAGAGAAGUGUUUCAAGGAGGAAGGAGUCGAGGCAGAGGGAGAUUUUCAUACGGCUCAAGCAAGGCAAUGCUGGAAUGCUACAAAUGUCAUAAAUUAG